AUGCUCGCCUGCCUGGCCAGGGGGAACCUGCUGGAUAUUCUCCAGGAGGGCUUCACCGAGCAACAGCUACAGACAUAUGUGGCCUGGGUGAAUUCCCAGCUGAAGAAGAAGCCAACAGCAAAGCCAGUCCAAGACCUGAGACAAGAUCUCCGGGAUGGAGUCGUUCUGGCUCUGCUCAUUGAGAUUGUAGCUGGUGAGAAGCUGCAUGGCAUCCAGGCCAGCCCCACCAGCCAGCAGGAGAUGAGGGAAAACGUGGACAAAGUGCUGCAGUUUGUGGCAUCCAAGAAGAUCCGGAUGCAUCAGACGUCAGCACAAGAUAUUGUCGAUGGGAACUUGAAAUCCACCAUGAGGCUGAUCCUGGCCUUGGCCGCCCACUUCAAACCGGGCUCGGGGCGAGCGGGGAGCCCCGCCGGGGGGCUGGGGAAGGGCCGGGUGGGCAGCCCUGCCCAGCACAGACCCCACAUCCCGGCCGCCCUGGCGCUGGGAUCCGGAAACAGCAGCAUGGAUGAGGAGAUUGAAAACCCUUGCUGGAGUGUCCGGGCCCUGGUGCAGCAGUAUGAGGGGCAGCAGAACGUGCCCCUGGAGCCCCACUCUGCCAGCCUCACAUCACCCAGCCCUGUCCACAGUGCCAAGAGUGAAUCCACUGUCGCCCCAUCCGAGGAGAAGGAAAGACUUGUGAUCAGCCACCCUGAAGAAACAGACACCAAACCAGAAGAGACACAAUCUCAUUUCCAGGCUGAGUGGCAAGCAGGGAGCCCUGGCUCAUAUCUGGAGAAUUCAUGGGAGGAGCAGCUUUUGGAACAACAGGACCAUUUGGAAAAGGAAAUGGAGGAAGCAAAGAAGAUGAUUUCAGGUUUGCAGGCUUUGUUGCUCAAUGGAUCUUUACCCGAGGAUGAGCAGGAAGGGUCCUUUGGACUUUGUGAACGUGGAGCCUGCCCCGAGGAGCAGCUGAUCAUCAUUCGAAGUCGCCUGGACCAGAGUGUGGAAGAAAAUCAAGACCUCAAGAAGGAGCUGCUGAAAUACAAACAUGAAGCUCGAAACCUACAGGGAAUAAAGGAUGCUUUGCAGCAGAGGCUGAUCCAGCAGGAUGCCUCAGUUCUCCAGCUAAAGCAGGAGCUGCUUCGAGCCAACAUGGACAAGGAGGAAUUGCACAACCAGAACGUUGACCUUCAGAGGAAGGUUGAAGAGAGGAACCGGCUGCUGGCAGAGUACAAAAAGGAGCUGGGCCAGAAGGAUCGGCACUUGCAGCAGCACCAGACCAGGCUGGACGAGGUGCUGAGGCAGCUUUCUGAGGCCAGUUACCAGCAGGUGGAUCUGGAGCAGGAGCUGGAGCACAGGCAGGCUCUGCUGGCUCACUGCGUGCAGAGGGAAGCUGGAGAGGUGCUGCCUUACAGCAGCCACAGUGCCCAGAGCAACGGCUUCCUCCAGACAGCAGGGAAAGGAGCUGCUCCCACAGCCCACAGAGGGACCAACGACCUGCAGCUGGUCCGCGAUGCCCUUCGCAGCCUGAGGAACAGCUUCAGCGGCCACGACCCGCAGCACCACACCAUCGACAGCCUGGAGCAGGGCAUCUCCAGCCUCAUGGAGCGGCUGCAUCGCCUGGAGGCACACAGGAGGCAAGAGAGAAGGAUCCAGGGGAAGUCACCAGCCAGCAGAGCAACAAAGGAGUGUAGAGACUCCUGGCCUCCCAAAUCCAAGCUGCCCCACUCCCACAGCACCCCAGUGAUGAGCCCCAGUGCCUGCACCAAAGUGCUGUACUUCACCGACCGCUCCCUCACCCCCUUCAUGGUCAACAUACCCAAGAGGUUAGGGGAGGUGACCCUGAGGGAUUUCAAGGUGGCCAUUGAUCGGGAGGGGACCCACCGGUACCACUUCAAAGCCCUGGAUCCAGAGUUUGGCACAGUCAAGGAGGAGGUGUUCCAUGAUGAUGACAUCAUUCCUGGUUGGGAGGGGAAAAUUGUGGCCUGGGUGGAAGAAGACCACGGGGAGAAUUAA